AUGGAAUCUACCAAAACUUAUCUUAUUGAUACCUGCUAUUUAUAUACUAAGUGCCUUUAUUGCAAUAAAGAUACACUUUUAAAGACUGGCGAAUGCAUAAAAACCCAAGCUCCUAAUAAAAAAAAUCGAACAAAAGAAGUUCCUUGGGCUUUUAAAAUUAAAUACCUGGAAGAUUUUUCAACAAAGCAACUUGAUCUUUUAGAAGCACAAAAUCCAAUUCACAGAUCUCUUAAUGUAUCUACUAGUUAUAAUACUAGUAGUUACGAUAUUAUCACUCCUAAUUAUGGAGAGCUAAUUCACAAACAUGAAACAAGCAAGUCUCAAGAAACAUCAUUUUAUAAUAGUGAUGCAUCUAUUGAUAAUAAUAUAUCAACUAGUUAUGAAAAUAAUAGUUAUGAUAUUACUACUUCUAAUUAUGAUGAAGAGCCAAUUCUAUAUAAUUUAUUUGAAGAUAAUUUUCAUAUUAGUGAAGAUGAAGAUCAUGAUACAAUUAAAUAUAGAAUUCAUGAUAAAAUACUUUUACAAGUUCAAGAUUUAACAAAUAAUUUUGGAUUAUGGCAAAAGGAUUAUAUUUUGGCAUAUAAAUAUUUUCAAGCAAUUUCUAAGCAAAAAGAAGUUAUUAUUUUAAUAACAAUUACUUCUAAAAAGCGUCAUAUUAAAUUAACAGAUGCUCAUUAUACAAUUUGGGCUCGUAGUGUAAUUAAUAGAUUCAAUGAUACAGAUUCUCCAUCUAAUUAUCUAAUAUUUCAAGCUCCACCAAAGCCAAGAGGAAUAAAAAAUUGUGAUACUGGUUUUGAAUCUACUUCACCAUAUUUCAUGCCAAUUCCACAAUUUAUAUAUCCUCCAGUAUCGCAAAUUUCUUUUUUACAAUUUCAAUUAUUUUCUUCUCUAUCUCAACUUUCUACUUUACAAUAUCAACUACAAACUACUCAAAAUUCAGGACCUAUUUCUAUACUAGAAGAAUUUGUUUAUAAAGUAGAUAAAGAAGAGAAUGCUAAUAGAGAAAUUGCUAAAUAUUUAGAAGCAUUUAAUCAAGAGGCAAUUAGA